AGGGCAAAUUUGUCUCUUUAGUGCAUAAGAAUUGUGAGAGGCCCCACAACCCAUACAUUUACCCACCUCCAUUAACACCAGUCCAGCAAGACUGCACAGCCCCUUCUUGUCUUCACCAUGUCAAUGACUUUCUUCUACUAAACUUUUUGAUAACACCAAGAGAAAAAGAAACGUACGAAAAGACAAAAAUAAAUAAAUAUAAAAUUCCUUUUUCUUCUUUCUUGUUUACUGCUUAAACGCAAAGAAUUGCAGAGAAAGGCGAAAGAAAAGUGUAAGAGAUGAAUUUCCUUGAUGUAUUGGAGGUCCAGAGGUUCAAAUCGAUGCUUUGACGAAUACCCAUUUGCUUAUUUCACAGUGUAAUACUGUUAAAUGCUACUUUGUAGACCAAUAACCUCGUGGAUUUCACGUAUCUUCGCUUGCAUGGGAAGUUGUCUUGGGUGCUGUGUAAAGCCUCCACAUGUUAUUUUAGUGGAUAGGCCAUCCAAAGGACAGAAAGUUCAGGGUCAACGCUUGAGGAAACGUGGUUCAAGGGACGACUUUUGGAGCAGUAGUGCUUGUGAGAUGGAGAAUAGUGCAUUUCCUUCACAACGAAGCAUGUCAUCAAUUAGUACUUCAAUUCAGGGCCUUGAUGCUCACAGUAGUUCCAGCACCACGAACAACAACACUGAAUUUGUAAAUCAUGGUCUAAUUCUUUGGAGUAAAACUAGGCAAGAAUGGAUUGGAAAUAGAACACCUCAGAAGCAUACUGCAGCUCGGGAAUCUAAAUUAAGUUUUGAUGCGAGUUACGAAACUUUGCUGGGGACUAACAAGCCUUUCCCUCAGCCAAUCCCUCUAUCAGAAAUGGUAGACUUUCUUGUUGAUGUUUGGGAACAGGAAGGACUGUAUGAUUGAGCUGGGACUUAACUGAUCUUACCCAACCAUUGCAUUUCUGUUUGUAAUUUCUACAGAAAACAAUCAUGUUCGAUAUCAGGAUUUGUAUGUUGACAAGAGGAAAAUUGAAAUGCUUUUUCGAAGGAAGGAGAGAGGAACCUUGUUUAUUUUGCUAAUAAACGAAUUUAUAUUCAAGAAAA